UGAAUUAUUAUGCAGAAAAGAAUAAUUUAUUAUAAUUAAUGUAGAAAAAUAAUUAUCUUAAUAUGAUAGUUUGAAUGCGUGAUAACAGCAGAUUUUAUAAAGAUAAGAUAUAAUUCGAGAAAUUUGAUAUUAAUUUUUCAAUCAAUAAAAUGUGAAGUAGGAAAUAACAUAUAACACAAUGGAAAAUAAAACAGAUAUUUUUAAUGAUCAAAGUGAAGACAAUGAGACUCAAUAUAUUAAUAGUGAAAGAUACAAUGAUGCCAAUGAAAGACAACAUUUUUUGCUUCCUAAUACAUAUUCACAUUCGCCAAAAAUACCAAUAGAAUAUAUUAAAAGAACAAAUAUAAAACGAUACAAUCCAGCUUUAAGAAAUCUUAUACCAAUACGUCGCAAAAAUAAAAAUAAGGAAUGUACGCCAGCAGAUAAUGCUGGUUUGUUUUCAUAUAUUUUUUACACAUGGUUAACACCAUAUAUAUGGAAAGCAUACAAAAAUGGUAUUGACUUUACGAAUAUUCCAUAUAUUUCUACUUAUGAAAGUUCUAAAUAUAAUACUCAUAGAUUAGAAAUACUUUGGCAAGAAGAAUUAAAUAAACAUGGUUCAUAUUUAGCAUCAUUUCCAAAUGUAGCUUGGAAAUUUGUGAGAACAAGAAUAUGUAUAGCUGGAUUUUUAUUAAGUUGUUCUACAAUUUGUGGAUUUAUUAGUUCUAUGAUACUAAUGAAAAAAAUACUAGAAUAUGUUCAAUCACCAGAAGAAAAUAUAUGGAUAGGUAUAAAAUGGGCACUGUUAUUAACAUGUUGUGAUUUUUUGCGAUUAAUAUUUUUUAACUGGACUUGGAAUACUAAUAUUAGAACAGCAUUAAGAUUAAAGAGUGCUUGUACAACUCUUUUAUAUAAAAAAAUUAUUAGACUGAAUAAUCUUGGAAAUAAAAGUACAGGAGAAAUGAUUAAUUUAUUUACAAAUGAUAGUCAAAGACUUUUUGAUGUUGUCAUUUAUGGACCUAUGAUAUUUAGUGGUCCAAUAAUUAUUAUUUGUGGUAUAAUUUAUAUACUUUGGGUAUUUAGUCCAAUAGCUCUUUAUGGAAUAUUUACUUUUCUUGUAUUUUAUCCUUGCCAGUAUCUUCUAUCCCGUGCAGUUGGAUAUUUUCGUUCGAAAACAGUUAUUAUUACAGAUACACGUGUAAAAUUAAUGAAUGAAAUCUUAGAAUGUAUAAAAUUAAUUAAAAUGUAUUCAUGGGAGAAAUAUUUUAAUCAUAAACUCCUUGAUAUACGAAAGAAAGAGGAAUAUUGGUUGCAUAAAACUGUAUAUUUCCAAAGUCUUGCUAUUUCUUUAACACCAGCUAUACCUGCAAUAUCUGCAAUUGUUACAUUUCUAGCACAUUUAUCUUCAGGCAGUAAUUUAAUUGCUUCUCAGGCUUUUCCAAUUACAACAUUUUUCGGAAAUAUGUUGAGAAUGGCACUCUCUUCCCUUAAGGAUUCUACACGACAUUUUAUCGACGCUCAUAUUGCUCUUAGAAGAAUUAAGGUAUUUCCUUUUGUAACAUUGCUCAAUUCUCAAUUUCGUUCUUCAUUUUUAUUUCUACAAGUGGCGUUAAUUAAUAUUGCCGAGUCAAAUAUAACAUUCAACAGAUUGCAGAAUAUAUUACUUUUAGAAGAGUACACAUGCCAUAUAUCAAAACCAAUUGUAAAAUCACAAGCUGUAGCCAUUGCUAACGGUACAUUCGUUUACGAAAAUUCUACUUUGUGCGCUAAAAAAUUAAAAAAUAUUAGAAAAAAAAAAAAAAUUGUAUCAUAUUUAAGAAGCAAAGUUGAAUUGGAAAAACUUAAUGAAUCGUCCCAAGAAACUGAAUAUGUUGAAGUACUUUCAACUAUUAAGUUCGGAGUAGCAAAAGGUGGAUUAAUAGGAAUUUGUGGACAUGUAGGAAGUGGAAAAUCUAGUCUUUUGCUUGCUGCUUUAGGACAAUUAAAAAUAAUGAACGGUUGUAUUUUGAGAGAAGGUUCUUGCGCUUAUGUUAGUCAACAGGCGUGGAUUGUUAAUGCAACUUUCAAAGAAAAUAUAUUGUUUGGAAAUCAAUUUGAUGCUAAACGAUAUUAUCAAACAUUAACAGUAUGCAAUUUAAAAGAAGAUUUGAAUAUGUUACCGGGUGGAGAUGAAACUGAGAUAGGAGAAAGAGGUAUAAAUCUUUCAGGAGGACAAAAGCAAAGAAUUGCUCUUGCUAGAGCACUUUAUGCUAAUCGAGAUAUAUAUUUUUUGGAUGAUCCAUUAAGUGCAGUAGAUACACAUGUGGGUUCUUAUAUUUUUAAAAAUUUAAUUCUCGGAGCGCUCAAAAAUAAAUGCGUGUUAUUUGUAACACAUCAAAUUCAAUUUUUAAAACAUUGUGAUCAAAUACUUGUAAUGCAUAAAGGAAGAAUUGUAGAACAAGGUACACAUGAUGAAUUGAUGCAAUUAAAUAAAGAAUAUGCUACAAUGGUAGAUAGUGCAUUAUUAAAAACGGAGAACCGAUUCAAACAAAUAAAGAUUCUAAUAAUGAUUCAAAGAGACAAACAAUAACUUGUAAUACAGAAGAUAAUGAUGAAUAUAUUGAAGCAUCAACAAAAAUAUAUGAAAAAGGUAUGUAUUGAAAAAAUUUAAAUUAUCAAUUUGUUACAUUUGAGUUUAUUAUUUAUAUUAGAAGCAAUCCUUACUACUCAAGAAAAGAUGGGAAUGGGUACUGUAAAAUCAUAUAUUUAUCAUAUAUACGUAAAAUCUGCGGGUGGUUAUUUUAUAGCGGUUUUGGUAUUUUUGACACUCUUCUUAAACAUUGGAAGUUCAGCAUUUAGUUCUUGGUGGUUAGCUAUAUGGAUUAAAGCUGGUAAUGGGAAUAUUAUUAAUUCCAAUAAUAAUAAAACUAUAUCAUCAAAUAAUUUAAAUGAUAAUCCUAAUUAUUCAUAUUAUCAAAAUAUUUAUAUUGGUUGCAUUGGAAUAAUUUUAUUAACAAGUUUAUUGCGUGGUUUGGUUAUUAUGUAUGCUACAAUAAAUGCUUCGACGACAUUACAUAACAAAGUUUUUAAGAAAAUAAUUAAAACAACAGUAACAUUUUUUGAAACAACUCCUAUUGGAAGAAUACAAAAUAUUUUUAGUCGAGAUAUUGAUGAAGUGGACAAUUAUAUACCAAUUUCUGUAGAAAACAUGAUACAAAAUAUAAUUACUUGCAGUUUUGCAAUUGUGUUUAUAUGUGCAAUAUUACCCUGGUAUUGUUUACCAUUAAUUAUCCUUGCUGCUAUUUUUUUUUAUAUUAGCAGGAUCUUUAGAGUAGCAAUGAGAGAUUUUAAGCGAAUGGAAAAUAUUUCACGAUCUCCUGUUUUAAGUUUCAUUACCACUACCAUUCAUGGUCUAAAUACUAUUCACGCAUUCCAAAAGGAAACAGCAUUUGUAAACAAAUUCGAAGAAUUAUUUGAUUUAAACAAUUUGUGUCUUUAUUUAUGUCAAUCUAUCAUGAGAUGGUCUGCUGUAAGACUUGAUAUUUUGGCAAUUGCUUCCUCUUCUAUUACUGCUUUUCUUGUAAUUGCACUUAAAAACCAAAUAUCUCCAGCCCUUGCUGGUUUAGCAAUGACAUAUGCUAUGCAAAUGACUGGCAUUUUUCAAUACACUGUAAGAUUAAUGGCGGAAAUAGAAACUCGUUUUAUAAGUGUUGAAAGAAUAAGCUAUUACUUGAAGACUUUACAAAAAGAAGAAAUUUCUGAGCAACAUCUCAUAGAUCUUCCAGAUCAAUGGCCUAUUGAUGGAGAAUUAGAAUUUUGUAAAGUCGAAUUAAAAUACAGAAAAGGUUUACCACCUGCAUUAAAUAAUAUUUCAUUUAUUAUUAAACCUGGUGAACAUAUAGGUAUUGUAGGACGAACAGGAGCAGGAAAAAGUUCUUUAAUCAUUGCUUUAUUUCGAUUAAUUGAAAUUUCUGCUGGAAAAAUUAAAAUUGAUGGUAUAGAUAUAGCAAAAAUAAAAUUAAAGUUAUUAAGAACUAAAUUAUCUAUAAUUCCUCAGGAUCCUGUCUUAUUUAAUGGAACUAUACGAUCAAAUUUAGAUCCUUUUAAGCAAUUUAGUGAUUCUGAAAUCUGGAGUGUUUUAGAAAAAACUCAAUUGAAAGAAAAAGUACAAGUUAUGCCUGGUCAAUUGGAUGCACCUAUUGAAGUUGAAGGAAAAAAUUUAAGUGUAGGCGAGCGACAAUUAUUUUGUCUAUCAAGAGCACUUUUGCGUAAUGCCAAAAUAUUAAUAUUAGAUGAAGCAACAGCUGCUGUUGAUCCAGAAACUGAAAUUGCUGUACAAAAUACAAUUCAAAAUGAAUUUUCAAAUACUACAAUAUUAACCAUAGCUCACCGUUUGAAGACUGUUAUUUCAUGUGAUCGCAUUAUUGUUAUGAAGAAUGGACAAAUAAUUGAAUUUGGCUUCACCAUUGCGAACAUAAUUCCUAUUAUGAUGUUGGGGCGUAAGCAGAGCCUCAAAGGGGAACCUGUGUUGGCUGAUUAUGGCCCAGAGGAGUCCCUCAAUGAGAGCGCUGAUAUAGAAUGGGUAAAUAAGUUAUGGGUGAGAAGGCUGAUGAGGUCUUGUGCUCUGGUAUCUUUAGCUUCUGUUUGCUUGAAUACUCCAAAAACUUUUGAAAAAGUUCCACCACUUCAAUAUUUUACCUUUAUUUGUGACUUAAUUAUUACAUUUUUGUUUACUGCUGAAAUGAUUGCCAAAAUGCAUAUAAGGGGUAUAUUGAAGAGGGAUAAAUCUUAUUUAAAAGAUCAUUGGUGCCAAUUUGAUGGAAGCAUGGUCAUCUUUCUUUGGUUAUCUAUAAUAUUACAAAUGUUUGAGAUGCUAGGUUUUGCUUUAGAACUUAGUUACGUCUCAAUAUUACGCGCGCCACGUCCAUUAAUUAUGAUACGUUUUUUACGAGUUUUUCUAAAGUUUUCUAUGCCAAAAGCUAGAAUUAAUCAAAUUUUCAAGCGUUCAAGUCAACAGAUAUAUAAUGUAACUCUUUUCUUUCUUUUCUUCAUGUCUCUUUAUGGUCUUUUAGGCGUUCAGUUUUUUGGUGAAUUAAAAAAUCAUUGUGUUCUUAAUACUACUAUAGAUCCAACAAAUAUAACUAUAAAUAGUUUAGCCAUUCCUGAUACUUUUUGUUCUACUGAUCCUGAAUCAGGAUACCAAUGUCCAGAGGGAAUGACUUGUAUGAAACUUCAGUUAUCAAAAUAUAUUAUGGGUUUCAAUGGAUUUGAUGAAUUUGCUACAAGUAUUUUUACAGUCUAUCAAGCUGCAUCACAAGAAGGAUGGGUUUUUAUUAUGUAUCGCGCAAUAGAUAGUUUGCCUGCUUGGCGUGCAGUUCUUUAUUUUAGUACAAUGAUAUUUUUCUUAGCAUGGCUCGUAAAGAAUGUUUUCAUAGCAGUUAUCACAGAAACUUUUAAUGAAAUUCGAGUUCAGUUUCAACAAAUGUGGGGUGUUAGAGGACAUAUCAGCAAUAACACAGCAUCACAAAUAUUAACUGGCGAUGACAAUAGUUGGAAAUUGGUAACCUUAGAUGAAAAUAAACACGGAGGUUUAGCUUCUCCUAUAUGUCAUGCUAUUCUCAGGUCUCCUCAUUUUCGUAUGGUGGUAAUGUUUAUAAUUUUGGCAAAUGGUAUUACCACUGCGACUAUGAGCUUCAAACAUGAUGAGAAGCCAAGGCAUACAUAUUAUGAUAAUUAUUAUUAUGCUGAGAUUGCAUUUACAAUAUUUUUAGAUUUGGAAACAUUGUUUAAAAUCUGGUGUCUCGGAUUUCGCAGUUAUUAUAAGCAUUCGAUUCAUAAAUUUGAAUUAUUAUUAGCAAUUGGUACAACCAUACAUAUUAUUCCGUUUUUCUAUCUUUCUGGAUUCACAUAUUUUCAGGUUCUUAGAGUAGUUAGACUUAUCAAGGCAUCACCAAUGCUUGAAGAUUUUGUAUACAAAAUAUUUGGUCCUGGGAAAAAAUUAGGAAGCCUCAUUAUUUUUACUAUGUGUCUAUUAGUCAUAUCAUCGAGUAUUUCUAUGCAAUUAUUUUGUUUUCUUCGCAAUUUCACAAAAUUUGAAACAUUUCCAGAGGCAUUUAUGUCCAUGUUUCAAAUCUUAACACAAGAAGCUUGGGUAGAUGUUAUGGAUGAAACAAUGUUAAGAACACAUGAAACAAUGGCUCCUCUUGUUGCUAUGUAUUUUAUUUUAUACCAUCUUUUUGUUACAUUGAUUGUGUUAAGUUUAUUUGUCGCUGUAAUUUUGGAUAAUCUUGAAUUGGAUGAAGACAUUAAGAAACUGAAACAAUUAAAAUUCCGUGAACAAAGUGCGGAAAUAAAAGAAACUUUACCAUUUAGAUUACGAAUAUUUGAGAAAUUUCCUGACAGUCCUCAAAUGACAUGUUUACAUAAAGUACCAUCAGAUUUUAAUCUUCCAAAAGUUCGUGAAAGUUUCAUGAGACAAUUUGUAUUUGAAAUGGAAAAUGAAGAAAAUGAAGGAGUAAAGAAAAUAAAUGAAACUUUUGAUUCAAAAAUGAUAUAUAGAAAACAACGUCCAGUAAAAAUUUUAAAUAAUCCACCUAAAGUAAGAAAUGUUGUUACCAGUCUUAAAAAAGCAGCUGUUAUUUAUAUUAUAAACGAUUCCAACAAUCAAAGAUUAUUAUUAGGUGAUUCUGCUAUGAUACCAGUACCAGGAAAAGGUCUUCUAAAACCACAAGGCACUGUCAGUAGCGCUAAACAACUUCGUUUUGAUCAAAAAAAGUCAAUUAGAAGAAGUGUUCGUAGUGGAUCGAUCAAACUAAAACAAACAUAUGAACAUUUGAUGGAAAAUGGUGAUAUUGGUGGAAUAAAUAGAGUUAGCUCUUCUCGCAGUAGACCGCAUGAUUUAGAUAUUAAACUAUUACAAGCUAAACGACAACAAGCCGAAAUGCGAAGAAAUCAACGCGAAGAAGAUUUACGUGAGAAUCAUCCCUUUUUUGAUACACCACUGUUCGCAGUACCGCGUGAGAGUAAAUUCCGUAAAAUUUGUCAGUCACUUGUUUAUGCAAGAUAUGAUACAAAUGUGAAAGAUCCUUUAACUGGAAAAGAAAGAAAAGUUCAAUAUAAAAGUUUACACAAUUUUCUUGGUUUGGUCACAUAUCUUGAUUGGGUAAUGAUUUUUGCUACUACUAUGUCUUGUAUUUCUAUGAUGUUUGAAACACCACGCUAUCGCGUAAUGGAAAUUCCAGCAUUACAAAUUGCAGAAUAUGGUUUUGUGAUAUUUAUGAGUAUUGAGUUAGCUCUAAAGAUUUUAGCAGAUGGACUAUUUUUCACACCAAAAGCCUAUAUUAAAGAUGUCGCUUCUGUUUUGGAUGUUUUUAUUUAUGUUGUUAGCCUUGUGUUUCUUUGUUGGAUGCCAAAAAGCGUACCACCAAAUUCAGGUGCACAACUUUUGAUGAUUUUACGUUGUGUUAGACCAUUAAGAAUCUUCACUCUUGUACCACACAUGAGAAAAGUUGUUUACGAAUUAUGUAGAGGAUUCAAAGAGAUUUUGUUGGUGUCUACUCUAUUGAUUUUACUGAUGUUUAUAUUUGCGAGUUAUGGUGUACAACUUUAUGGAGGUAGAUUAGCACGUUGUAAUGAUCCUACUAUUUUGAAACGAGAAGAUUGUGUUGGAGUAUUUAUGAGAAGAGUAUUUGUAACAAAAAUGAAAUUGCAACCAGGCGAAAACGAGAGUUAUCCAUCUAUAUUAGUACCACGUGUUUGGGCCAAUCCUAAAAGAUUUAAUUUUGACAAUAUUGGUGAUGCAUUAAUGGCACUUUUUGAAGUACUUUCUUUUAAAGGAUGGCUUGAUGUUAGAGAUGUUCUUAUUAAAGCUCUUGGUCCAGUUCAUGCUAUUUAUAUUCACAUUUAUAUUUUCCUGGGUUGUAUGAUUGGUUUAACUCUGUUUGUGGGUGUUGUCAUUGCUAAUUAUUCUGAAAAUAAAGGAACUGCUUUACUUACAGUUGAUCAAAGACGAUGGUGUGAUUUAAAAAAGCGAUUAAAAAUUGCACAACCAUUACAUUUACCACCUAGACCAGAUGGAAAGAAAUUUAGAGCAUUUAUCUAUGAUAUCACUCAGAAUAUCUAUUUUAAGAGAUUCAUUGCAGUUAUGGUGCUUAUAAACAGUUCUCUUCUAUGUGUCUCUUGGAGAAUCGAGGAAGAACACACGGAAGCACUCGCUACGGUGUCCACGAUUCUGACACUCAUCUUCCUCGUGGAAGUUAUUAUGAAAAAUAUUGCUUUUACACCACGUGGCUAUUGGCAGUCCAGAAGAAACAGAUAUGAUUUGCUCGUGACAGUUGUUGGUGUUAUUUGGAUCAUCAUUCAUUGUACAAUGAAGAACGACUUGUCGUACGUGAUCGGCUUUAUGGUUGUGAUUCUUAGAUUCUUUACAAUCACUGGCAAACAUACAACUCUCAAAAUGUUGAUGUUAACAGUUGGAGUAUCUGUUUGUAAAAGUUUUUUCAUUAUAUUUGGCAUGUUCCUUCUUGUUUUCUUUUAUGCGCUAGCUGGUACGAUUAUCUUUGGAACUGUAAAGUAUGGUGAAGGUAUAGGAAGGCGUGCCAAUUUUGAGUCACCUGUAACUGGCGUUGCAAUGCUCUUCCGUAUUGUCACAGGUGAAGACUGGAAUAAAAUAAUGCAUGAUUGCAUGAUACAACCACCGUAUUGUACUCCUGCUGCUAAUUAUUGGGAAACUGAUUGUGGCAACUUUCAUGCUUCUUUAAUAUAUUUUUGUACUUUCUAUGUCAUUAUUACUUAUAUCGUUUUAAAUCUUCUAGUUGCUAUUAUUAUGGAAAACUUUUCUUUAUUUUAUUCAAAUGAAGAAGAUGCUUUAUUAUCUUAUGCUGAUAUUAGAAACUUUCAAAAUACUUGGAAUGUUGUUGACAAUCAUCAAAAGGGUUUUAUACCUGUGAAACGGGUGAAAUUUAUUUUACGAUUAUUAAAAGGUAGAUUAGAGACUGAUCCACAGAAGGAUCGUCUUCUUUUUAAACAUAUGUGCUAUGAACUAGAAAAGUUGAAUAAUGGAGAAGAUGUUACUUUUCAUGAUGUUAUCAAUAUGUUAUCCUAUCGUUCAGUUGAUAUUCGAAAAGCUCUUCAGCUUGAAGAAUUAUUGGCGAGGGAAGAAUUUGAAUAUAUUAUUGAAGAAGAAGUUGCUAAACAAACAAUCAGAAAUUGGCUAGAAGGUUGUCUAAAAAAAAUUCGUGCAAGUGGGAAACAACAAAAUAGUCUUGUAGCAGGUCUCCGCGCUAAUACUGAACAGGUUCAACAGCAAGAACAUGUAGAAGAGAAAGGAAAAGAGACUGUCAAAGAAGAAGAAAUUGAAACAAAAGAUACUGAUGGAACUAGACAUAAAACAAAAAAACCAGUCGUUCUUCCAAGAUCUGAUAGCAUAGGUAGUGGAUCAGGAAGAAAGUAUUUAACUCCAACAUUAUCAGAUCCUGCUUCAAUUAGAUGUGAAAAGGAUAAAAAUGCGGUACCAAAGAAAAAAAAUAAUAGACCUCCACCGAUGCCGAAAAAUAAUUUGCCACAUCUCACAGAGAGCACUGAGCAAAGCAAACAGCGGGAAACAAUCAAUGCAAAAGCAAUCAUAUCAAAACCUUCCAAUAUUAUAUUAGAAGUUCGAGAAUGGUGGAAGGAACAGUUAGCAUAUAGCAGUGAAUCCAGUGAAGAUGAAGUUUAAAUAUUCAUUUGUAUUUUUCAUGAGUAUAAAUUAAAAA